GUGAAUGGAGACAAACGCCACAGGUGUCCAGUGUUAACCGUCGACUCCAGGAACCGGCUGCCAACACAGCAAUUACCAAGCAAUGGAAAAGAGUGUUUUGGCCCGGUCCACCUCUAUUUUCCUUGGAAUGCCUGACCUCGCCUUCCUGCCUCAGGUUUUGUUGACCCAACAAAACAAAUUUCCCUCUUUGCAUGGCCGACAGGCUGCUCCUUCCUGCUUGGGCUUGUUUCCAUGGCAACAGAGGGACUGGAGAAUUACCACACAGAGGAGGGGAAGGGACAGCCAAUGUGGAGUGUUUGCAGAAACUUGCGGAGACAGCAAAGAUACGGAUCCUCGUGUCCUGGAGAAGCAAGAGCAACAGCAGCCCACCUACCUGGCCCUCAGCUACAUCAACAGGUUCAUGACGGACGCGGCGCGGCGCGAGCAGGAGACCAUGAAGAAGAAGGCCACGCCCAAACUGUCGCUGUCCAUCACGGGCGCCGUGUCCAGGAACAGCACGGCCACGCCCCCUCGCCACACCAGCGGCAACCUGACGCCGCCCGUCACGCCCCCCAUCACCCCCUCGUCCUCCUUCCGCAGCAGCACACCGACAGGUACGACAGGCAGCGAAUAUGACGAGGAGGAGGUGGACUACGAGGAGUCGGACAGCGACGAGUCCUGGACCACAGAAAGCGCCAUCAGCUCCGAGUCCAUCCUCAGCUCCAUGUGCAUGAACGGAGGCGAGGACAAGCCCUUUGCGUGCCCGGUGCCAGGCUGCAAGAAGAGAUACAAGAACGUGAACGGCAUCAAAUAUCACGCCAAGAACGGCCAUCGCACACAAAUCCGCGUGAGGAAACCCUUCAAGUGUCGCUGCGGGAAAAGCUACAAGACGUCGCAGGGCCUCAGGCAUCACACCAUCAACUUCCACCCGCCCGUCUCCGCCGACAUCCUGCGCAAGAUCCAAGGAUGAAGGCCACACACACACACACACACACACACACACACACACACACACACACACACACACACACACACACACACACACACACACACACACACACACACACACACACACACACACACACACACACACUCAAGUGCAUGCUUUAAUUUUCUUUACUUUUUGUAUCCAUCACUUGUACUCGCUAAAGUAUAUCUUUGUAGUAUUUUUAUUGUACAUUUGCACAUUCCUUUAUGCUAUCAUCUGUUUUUGAUGAAUAAUUUGACUUGCAUAAGGUGCUAAGGAAAGGAAGGAAAGAAGGAAGAAGAGAGGAAGUGGAAGGAAAAAGUUGUCGAUCCAAACAAAGCAGGAAGUUUGGAUCGACAACUUUUUAUUGCGCAAGUAAGUUAUAUAUUUGACAAAGAUAUAUUGUUCCAUAAACAGUAGUAGUAGUGUGUAUAUAUAUAUAAUAUAUAUAUAUAUAUACAUACAUAAAUACAUAUAAGUAUACGUAAAUAGCUGCAUUUUAUUUGCAAGCUUUAUUUUUCUAUUUGUCAUUGUUUUGUUUUGUUUUGUUUGAGGUGUCAACUGCUUUCCUAACAGAGGGGGCGCUGCAGGGGUGUCCAAACUCGGUGGGGGUGAGUGAUGCCACCUUUUUGAUAUCAAGGCCGAUACUGCUUACAGUCUGUUGAAUAUCACCUGUGUGUCUACUAAAAGGUCCACGUUGAAUAUUGCGAAACAAACGUGAAGCUGCUCGCUCGCCUCCGACAAAAUAACAAAAGUAGGAAAAAAAUGACGACGUCAAUAAUAAUAAUAAUUAAGAUAUUUUAGCCAAUCAAAACAAAUAAUUGUAAAUAAAUGAGUCUUAUUGUUUAUUUGUAAAAGAGGUUGUGUUGUUGGCACAAACAACUGAUUGUUUGUAAAGUAUAAAAACGAGCCAAAAUUGUUGAAUGAAAGAAACUGCUGUCCUAAAUGUGUCCACUAGAUGUCGCAAUAGCAAUUCUUUGCAUCUUUGUAGAUGAUGCUACAUAUGUCAAAAAAAAUACACCACAUGAUGUUAGUGCACCAGUCGAGGAAAAUGAGCAAACUACAUAAAUAACAUCCUGUAAUUGGAUUUUGAUAUUAUUUUUUUAUCUUGAUAGAUUGAAAACUAACACCAGUGAGUUGACUGAUGGCCAUUAUCACGUGAUGUAUUCAGAAAGUAUAAAUAACGACAAAGAUAGAAUACUAUUAACCGCAACAUGUAAGUGUAAAAAAACAAAAACCCAACAACAUUAUGAUUAGUACCGUAUUUUUCGGAGUAUAAGUCGCUCCGGAGUAUAAGUCGCACCGGCCGAAAAUGCAUAAUAAAGAAGGGAAAAAACAUAUAUAAGUUGCACUGGAGUAUAAGUCGCAUUUUGUGGGGAAAUGUAUUUGAUAAAAGCCAACACCAAGAAUAGACAUUUGAAGGGCAAUUUAAAAUAAAUAAAGAAUAGUGAACAACAGGCUGAAUAAGUGUACGUUAUAUGAGGCAUAAAUAACCAACUGAGAACGUGCCUGGUAUGUUAACGUAACAUAUUAGGGGACGGCGUGGCGAAGUUGGUAGAGUGGCUGUGCCAGCAAUCGGAGUGUUGCUGGUUACUGGGGUUCAAUUCCCACCUUCUACCUUCCUAGUCACAUCCGUUGUGUCCUUGGGCAAGACACUUCACCCUUUGCCUCUGAUGGCUGCUGGUUAGCGCCUUGCAUGGCAGCUCCCGCCAUCAGUGUGUGAAUGUGUGUGUGAAUGGGUAAAUGUGGAAAUACUGUCAAAGCGCUUUGAGUACCUUGAAGGUAGAAAAGCGCUAUACAAGUACAACCCAUUUAUCAUUUAUCAUUUAUUAUGGUAAGAGUCAUUCAAAUAACUAUAACAUAUAGAACAUGCUAUACGUUUACCAAACAAUCUGUCACUCCUAAUCGCUAAAUCCCAUGAAAUCUUAUACGUCUAGUCUCUUACGUGAAUGAGAUAAAUAAUAUUAUUUGAUAUUUUACGCUAAUGUGUUAAUUUCACACGUAAGUCGCUCCUGAGUAUAAGUCUCACCCCCGGCCAAACUAUGAAAAAAACUGCGACUUAUAGUCCGAAAAAUACAGUACAUAAAUAACAUCCUGUAAUUGGAUUUUGAUAUUGUUUUUUUUAUCUUGAUAGAUUGAAAAUUAACGCCAGUGAGUUGACUGAUGAACAUUAUCACAUCAUUUAUUCAGAAAGUAUAAAUAACGACAAAUAAAUAUAGAAUACUAUUAACCGCAACAAGUAAGUGUAAAAGAACAAAAACCCAACAACAUUAUUAUUACCGUAUUUUUCGGACUAUAAGUCGCAGUUUUUUUCCUAGCGACUUAUGUGUGAAAUUAUUAACACAUUACCAUAAAAUAUCAAAUAAUAUCAUAACUGAUGGCUUCAUCUGGCCACGUGUCCCCCGUCUUAAACGUCGUGCCUUCAUAACGUGGCUGUUAAAGGACAACAUAUUGGCUCAUUGUGUCUGAUGACAAAGAACGGUUUGAGACAACAACACAACAGCUUACCUCUGAUUGGCUCUGGCCAGGAGACGUUGAAAGCCACCAAUCAGCUCACAACAUGUUGCAAACAAAACAUCAAUAUUACAAAAAUGAUCAAAACAAAGCAAGCUAUGGACAGAAGAAAAAAAAAGCUCACGAUCUACACUUUGGACACCCCUGCUAGACACAGUGAGACAUCUCUGCUGUUUUCUCCUAUCUUUGUAUCCAUCUGAGCUCCAUUCCAUUUGCCAACAUGUUUUUUUUAAAGUCCAAUGACGGUCGCCAACAAAACAAGCGCUCCACUGCCAAACACUCACCGCACCAUGUGCCUAAUCGGGGGGGG